GAGCCAUGAGACAUUUGUUAUUAAAAACUAUAUAUACUUUACAAAAGUGGUAGGAUCCACAAACAAAAUGGCCGAUGAUGAUAAAAUCAGCGGGGGCCGGGCGAUAAAGAGUUGUUGCGGUUUCCAUUGGAGGGGAAAAGCGACCAUCAUAAUACCCAUCAUUACGUUGCCGCUGAUGGUAUAUGGAUAUAUGGAGAAUGACUUAGCUUGGUUAUGCAUGUACCUGGUGGCCAAUAUGGCGCUCUUCUGGAUUACCGAGGCCAUUCCCCUUUAUCUGACCGCUCUGUUCCCUGUUGUUUUUCUGCCGAUUUUCGGGAUUUUGUCCUCGGAAAAGGUGUGCAGUUUCUACUUCAGCGACACCGUGGUGAUGUUUCUUGGAGGCUUGUUGAUCGCUUUGGCCAUCGAAUACAGUAAUCUCCAUCAGCGCAUCGCCCUAACCACCAUCCUCAUAGUGGGCUGCAGUCCAAGGCGAUUGCACUUUGGUUUGGUCAUGGUGACCUGCUUUAUAUCGCUUUGGAUUUCGAAUUCGGCAGCCACCGCCAUGAUGUGUCCCAUAGUCAAGGCCGUGCUCAACGAAAUGGAAGCGCAAAAUAUUUUUGUAAUUUAUAAGACACAGGAAGAGGAGCCGGUGGAGCCGGGCGACCCUCCGCACCCAUCUAGCAUUUCGAUGGCCUUUUACUUUGGCAUCGCGUAUGCCUCGUCGAUCGGCGGCUGUGGAACCCUGAUCGGAACUGGAACGAAUCUGACCUAUAAGGGCCUAUAUGAUACGCGCUUUCCGGAUUCCGAGGAGAAGAUCGACUUCCCCAUUUUCAUGGCGUACGCCAUUCCAUUUGUGGUCGUCCUGCUCAUCAUUCUCACCUACCUCUCGCUGCAAAUCACCCACAUGGGUCUCUUCCGGCCCAACAGCAAGGUGGGCCAGGAGGUGAAGAAGGGUUCCGAGGGCAAGGACGUGGUCACGACCGUGAUCAAGGAGCGCAAGAAGGCGCUGGGACCCAUGAGCUGCCAUGAGAUCCAAGUGGGUCUGCUCUUUAUUCUGAUGAUUUUCCUGCUUUUCACUCGCAGGCCGGGGUUCUUUACCGGCUGGGCUGAUUUUUUGAAUGCUCAAAAAAUUGGCAGUGGCCCGCCGGUAUUCUUCUCGACCAUGCUACUCUUCGCCCUGCCCACUCAGUAUACAUUUUUUAAGUACUGCUGCGGAAAGGCUCCGUUUCCAGGACAAACACUGGAUGCCUGCCUUUCCUGGGUGUACUGUCAUAAAUAUACGCCCUUUGGUCUAUGCUUUCUACUGGGUGGGGGAUUUGCCUUGGCCGAGGGCAGCCGUGUUAGCGGAAUGGCCAAAAUGUUGGGCGAGUCUUUGUCAUUCGCGGAAGAGUUGAACGUCGUCCUGGUUGUGGCUAUGUGCAUUGCUAUUUCACUAUUUUGCACCGCCUUCGCAUCCAACGUGGCCAUCUGCAACAUUCUAAUUCCGAUAUUUUCGGAAAUGGCCCUGGCCAUCAAAGUGCAUCCCAUCACUUUGACUUUUCCGUCUGCUUUGGCCUGCAGCUUGGCUUUUCAUCUGCCCGUUAGCACUCCACCAAAUGCCAUUAUAUCCGGCUAUACGGGUCUGAAAACCAAGUACAUGGCCGUUGCCGGCAUUUUGCCAACCUUUUGGGCCUUCUUCUGUUUGCUACUCACCGGAGCCGUGUGGACAAUGGUGAUCUAUCCGGGGACCAAGGAAUUCCCGGAAUGGGCUACCUAGACGAAAAGCAGGAGCUACUAAUUUUAAAAUAUAAAAAACCGGUAUAUAUUCUUAUGUCAAGUAUGCAUUUUUAGCAAGCCUCUGAGGUACAAGACGUAUUAGAAAAAAAUCAAGAUGGAAUGUAUAUAAAAUUUCCGGUAUCUCCAAUAAUAUUUCUGUCAAAUCAAAAUACCUUUUAAGUAAUAAGAAUGGCUUUUUUGCUUUGACAGCAAUUUUGUUGAGUUGAAUGCCGAGCCUUGCAAAAUUUCUAGGUGACAGCACAGUUGAUGGUCUUUUAUGUGAAGCUUAUUCAGUUUCUUGUUUGAUGACCAAUAAAUACAUAACGCACAAUUUGUGGCAAUAAAAACUACGGCGAACUUCUUACAAAGUACAAAAA